GCUUAUGCAGGCAAAGAUCUUGAGGAACAGUUGCGGUCUGUGUCCAGUGUAGAUGAACUCAUGACUGUACUCUACCCAGAAUAUUGGAAAAUGUACAAGUGUCAGUUAAGGAAAGGAGGCUGGCAACAUAAUAAAGAACAGCAUAACCUCAAAACAAGGACAGAAGAGACUAUAAAAUUUGCUGCAGCACAUUAUAAUGCAGAGAUCUUAAAAAGUAUCGACAGUGAGUGGAGAAAGACUCAGUGCACUCCACGCGAGGUGUGUAUAGAUGUGGGGAAGGAGUUUGGAGCAGCAACAAACACCUUCUUUAAACCUCCAUGUGUGUCCGUGUACAGAUGUGGGGGCUGCUGCAACAGUGAGGGGCUGCAGUGCAUGAACAGCAGCACAGGCUACCUCAGCAAGACGUUGUUUGAAAUUACAGUGCCUCUCUCUCAAGGCCCCAAACCAGUAACAAUCAGUUUUGCCAAUCACACUUCCUGCCGAUGCAUGUCUAAACUGGAUGUUUACAGACAAGUUCAUUCAAUUAUUAGACGUUCCCUGCCAGCAACAAUACCACAGUGUCAGGCGGCAAACAAGACUUGCCCCACAAAUUACAUGUGGAAUAAUCACAUCUGCAGAUGCCUGGCUCGGCAAGAUUUUAUUUUUUCCUCAAAUGCUGGAGAUGACUCAACAGAUGGAUUUUAUGAUGUCUGUGGACCCAACAAGGAGCUGGAUGAAGAGACCUGUCAAUGUGUCUGCAAAGGGGGGCUUCGGCCUUCCAGCUGUGGACCCCACAAAGAACUAGACAGAAACUCAUGCCAAUGUGUCUGUAAAAACAAACUUUUCCCCAACUCAUGUGGGGCCAACAGAGAAUUUGAUGAAAACACAUGCCAGUGUGUAUGUAAAAGAACCUGCCCAAGAAAUCAACCCCUAAAUCCUGGAAAAUGUACCUGUGAAUGUACAGAAAGUCCACAGAAAUGCCUCUUAAUAGGAAAGAAAUUCCAACAUCAAACAUGCAGUUGUUACCGACGACCAUGUACAAACCGACUGAAGCCUUGUGAGCAGGGACUUUCAUUUAGUGAAGAAGUAUGUCGCUGUGUCCCUUCAUACUGGAAAAGACCACAUAUGAACUAAGACUGUACUAUUUUGCAGUUCAUCAUAUUUUUGUCAUGGAAAACUGUGUUGCCACAUCAGAACUGUUUAUGGACAGAGAGACUCUGUGGGACUAUAAUAAAGACAGAAGUCUGUGUUUCCUGAACCAUGUGGACAACUUCACAGAAAUGGCCUGGAGCUCAUCUGCAAAAGGCCCCUUAUAAAGACUGGUUUUCUGCUAAUGACCAAACAGCCGAGGUUUUUCUCUUGUGAUUUUUUUAAAAAAAAAUAAUGACUAUAUAAUUUAUUUCCACUAAAAAUAUUGUUUCUGCAUUCAUUUUUAUAGCAAUAACAACUGGUAAAGCUCACUGUGAUCAAUAUUUUUAUAUCAUGCAAAAUAUGUUUAAAAUAAAAUGAACAUUGUAUUAUAAGCUG